UGAAGGUGAAGGCUCCAGUCACCAAGAGAGUAAAUAUCUUGAGAGAGUGUGUUUGGAGGGCAUUUGGGUCUUGAGGCAUCUAUGAUGCAUCUAAAUGGGAGCAUACAAUGAACAGUAUGAACUCAUGAUAGGGAAGUGAUAUGAAUUUGGGGUUUAUCAAAGUGCAGAUGAAACUUAAUCUGUGAAAGUAGAUAAGACCGUCUAUCAGAAAUGUGUACAACAGAAAGAAUAUGGACUUGAUUUGGUGGAUUAUCAACACUGAAUUACAGAAUAAAGGAACUGGAGACAGAACCAUGAAAAUUGGAGAGUCAGAGGGAAAACCUGGAUAAAAUUUUCUCUCUCAAGCCAAAUAAGAAAUAAACUUUCAAGAAAGUAAUUGACUGGUGAUCUUGGGCACUUUCAGCUCAUAAGGUGUCCAGUGGAGGAGAACAACAAUGCACUUCCUACAGACACAAGUUAUUUGCAGACUGUGUCUUCGCCUUGCCAGGAAGCUACUAAAGUUCCUGUGGGAUCAAGUAGAAUUUCAUAGGAACAUAAUGGAUAGAGAGGGGAAAGCCUACGGUGGCUGUGAAGGCCCUGACGCCAUGUAUGUCAAAUUAAUAUCUUCUGAUGGGCAUGAAUUUAUUGUAAAAAGAGAACAUGUGUUAACAUCAGGAACAAUAAAGGCCGUGUUGAGUGGACCGGGGCAGUUUGCUGAGAAUGAAACCAAUGAGGUCAGUUUCAGAGAGAUACCUUUGCACGUGCUGUCGAAAGUAUGCAUGUAUUUUACCUACAAGGUCCGCUACACUAACAGUUCCACCAAGAUUCCUGAAUUCCCAAAUGCACCUGAAAUUGCACUGGAGCUGCUUAUGGCUGCCAACUUCCUAGAUUGUUAAAUAGAAUAAAUUAUAAUAAACUGUUCCUUUUUUCAGCAUUUAAUACCUGUAGUUCAGUUAGUCAUUUUUCCACAUAUAGCAUGUUGCCUGUAUGAAAUUGAACUUUAAAGUUAAUUGCUGAGCAGAUUCCUUCUGUCAUUUGUAUAGCAGAGUUGAAAUUUGUUUACUACAUCAACAAAUUAAGGAUGUUCACAAGCCAAGAAAUAAACAAAUAAUGCCAGUUUGUAGGUGGUUUACUUUCUCCUUUGAGUUUGACCUUUAAAAUUAUAAGUAAUAUAGCAAAUCCUGGAAUGUAAGCAUAAAUGAACAUAUUCUACAGG